CCUGACCAAAUCCCUCAACUCCAUUGUCUCGUUCUCUUUGGCAAUUCGUGUGCCAAGAAAUACACUAGUAAUGGAACAGCAUAUGAUUUCAGCAAUGGUGAAGCGGGUGCGAGAGAUGUUCAUAUUUUUCUUCUUAGCAAUAUUUUCCAAGGCAAUUGGUACAAAGCCCUACUGGAAAACGAUCGCACCAGCUGACAGUGGCUCUAACCAGUGCUUGAGUUGGCGCCUGGCGGUGGAGGCUAACAAUGUCCGGGGGUGGCGCACCGUCCCGAUUCAUUGCCUUGGCUACAUUGAAAAUUACAUGCUUGGCGGGCAAUACGAGCAGGAUGUUAACUAUAUCGUGGAACAAAUACAGAGUUACAUUACUGAUCUAGUUGUGGCUGACGAUGGCAUGGAUGCAUGGAUCCUGGAUGUUGAUGACACCUGCCUCUCAAAUAUCUUUUACUACAAGGGAAAGAAAUACGGGUGUGAUCCUUAUGAUCCUUCAGGUUUCAAGGCAUGGGCAAUGAAGGGAGGGUGUCCAGCGAUUCCUGCAGUCCUUGGACUGUUUACCAAGCUGGUCGAAGGUGGAUUUAAGGUGUUCCUGGUCACUGGGAGGGAUGAAGAGACCUUAGCCCCUGCUACCAUUGCCAAUUUGCAUAACCAAGGAUUCAUUGACUAUGAAAGGUUGAUUUUUAGGACCCAACCUUUCAAAGGGAAAAGUGCAGUGGUUUUCAAGUCAGAAAUCCGAAAGCAAUUAAUGGAAGAAGGGUACAGGAUAUGGGGGAAUGUUGGUGACCAAUGGACGGAUUUGCAAGGAGAAUGUUUGGGCAACCGAACUUUCAAACUCCCUAAUCCAAUGUAUUGUGUUCCUUAAUAGAACAAAAACAAUAUGGGAUGCCUCUGCAUCUGCUUAUGCAAUCAACUUGUCAAUUGGCUUUCUUUACUUGAAUCGUUUAGACAACCACAUAACCCAAGCCAAGCAGCAAUGGCCAAUGGACUUCUUCAUAUUUACUUGUUCACCAAAAUCUCAACAAAAGUCAAUCACGUGUAAUCAUUGCCCACAAUGAAUUAAUGUAACCAUAUAUGGAAUGGAAUUAAAGGGUGUCCAGCAAUACUCACUUGACUUGCUAUUUUCAAAUAAAAGAAA